UCGGUGUACUUUUAUUUUCGGUACUUUCAGUGCAUCUGUUUUUAUACCUAAAAUUUCAAUACACCGAACAAACACACACAUAAUCCAAUAGAGAACUGAUUCUCUGUACCUAAAAUUUCUGCUCUGAUACCGAAAAUGUUGAGCACAUAAAAUUUCUGAAGAGCAGAUGGCAAAGACAAUCACCAUGAAUCACGGCGGGAUUUCCCCUUCCUGCAGUCUUUGCUUUUUUGCUCGACCUUUGAUGCACGGCGGUUGGCUUGACUUGCUGUUCAAAUCACAAGACAACAAGCAAGACUGACUAUGAAGUACGAUUGUACUGUUGACUUCUACAAGUUCUAGUAAGUUAGUUUGUUCUACUCUACUAGGUCUAGACAAGAGCCAUAGCCCAGUACCAAACAGGGAGCACUACAACAAGUAUCUGAUAGAUCUACCUAUUAUCACAGCCGGCAUUACAGGUUCCUACUUCGUGGUUUUGACAUCGAUCUUCUUUCUGAAUAUUUUCCUGGAGUUCUUCCAACGGACAGUCAGUGUCAGCCGCGUUGCUGAUCGGUUGAACUUUCAAUUGUCGCAUAGAUGUAUGAGUUACGUAGUCUGUCCAAGAACAACUCUCAUGUAGCGUCGUCUGCUUCGCAGGACGACUCAGCUGACAUGGUGAGCCGCGCAGGACCCAGUAGUGAAGACGAGGGCCUUCACCGUUACGAUUCCAGCACAUCUGCCCCUGCGAAUAUGAGGGAGGCAAUGGAUGGUGGCUGUCAGAUCAACGCGAGCGAGAGCGAUGUGACACCACGCGUCACCCAUGCACAAGCAAAGCGGAAGAACAACUUGGAGCAGACGAUUCUUAUACCGGAAGGCGGCAGUGAGAAGUUUUUCUCGUUUCGCAAGCUAUGGGCAUUCACAGGUCCUGGGUUUCUGAUGAGCAUCGCCUACCUGGAUCCAGGGAACAUUGAGUCUGACAUGCAGUCUGGUGGCGCGGCUGGGUUUCAUCUGCUAUGGCUUCUGUUCACCGCAACAUGUAUGGGUUUACUUCUGCAGCGGCUCUCUGCAAGACUUGGUGUCACUAGUGGCCAGCAUUUGGCGGAGCUGUGCCGCCAACAGUAUCCCCGCACGCCGCGCAUAGUCCUCUGGCUCAUGAUCGAGCUGGCCAUCGUCGGAUCCGACAUGCAAGAAGUCAUCGGAACGGCCAUUGCCUACUCGUUGCUUAGCAACGGCAAAAUCCCGUUGUAUGCCGGGGUCCUAAUCACCAUCGCCGAUACAUUCCUGUUCUUGUUUCUGGACAAUUAUGGUCUGCGCAAGUUGGAGGUAUUCUUCUGCACGCUGAUCACCAUCAUGGCGGUGACGUUUGGGUACGAGUAUAUUGUAGCAGCACCUAACCAGGCGGAGGUGAUGGAGGGUCUGGUGAUACCGUGGUGCUCCAACUGUGAUCGACAGGCGCUGCAGCAAGCGGUGGGCAUCAUCGGUGCCGUCAUCAUGCCGCACAACUUCUAUCUGCACUCGGCCCUGGUGCGCAGCCGCGACGUCGACCGCUCGUCCUCUGCCAAGAUCAAGGAGGCUAAUUUCUACUUCUUUGUCGAGUCGGCCAUCGCUCUCAUGGUGUCCUUUGUCAUCAACUUGUUUGUGGUGUGUGUCUUUGCUGAGACUUUCUUCAAUGUCAGCACGAGUACCAUCCUGAAUGAGUUUAACUGCAGUGCUUUAGGCAGUACGUCAGAUCUCUCCUUGAAUAGCACGUUUGACCUGGACUUGCGCAAGGGUGGAAUCUUUUUGGGCUGCCGUUUUGGCGAUGUAGCCAAGUAUAUCUGGGCGGUAGGUAUUUUGGCAGCUGGUCAAAGUUCCACUAUGACUGGCACGUAUGCUGGUCAGUUUGCAAUGGAGGGUUUCCUUACCAUCAGCUGGAGUCGCUGGAAGCGUGUCUUGCUCACGCGCAGUAUUGCAAUCACGCCCACACUCUUCGUCGCCGUCUCGACGGGAAUCGACCAUCUGAGCGGCUUGAACGACUGGCUGAAUGUCCUGCAAUCCAUUCUUCUACCGUUUGCCGUCCUGCCCGUGCUGCACUUUGCCUCUAGCAAGGCUGUGAUGCGUGAGUUUAGAGCCGGCAUUCCCAUGCAGAUUUCAAUGUGGGUCAUGGCCGUACUGGUGAUGAGUGUCAACAUCUACUUCACCGUCAGCUUCUUAGAUGACCUGUGGGAAGCCCUGCCGUCGACCGGUGCUCGCGUCGGGGUUGGCUUCGGUAUCACCCUGUUCUUCGCCAUCUAUAUCACCUUAGUCGGCUACCUUGUACUGUCUAUAGUGGGACUGUACGUGCCUGGUCUGCAGGAGAAACUAGGCCAAACGUCCAAUAUGUACGAACUACUCCACGGCGGCCUUGACAUGCAUGAUUCGCAGCAAGAGCAUCAUGGGCCGCAGGCAGUGAGGUGUCCGCAUGCCGAAGGGCUCUGAGUGUACUUCAAACUGCAUAUUUUAUUCUAGGGAUUUUAUUUAGGGAUUAAUAUGGAGACAAACUACAGACUUUUUUCUACAGAUUGUUGUUCUAGUGAGACCUGUGGUCUCCGCUAAUUCGGUUGGCUCCAAACGUACCUGUGUGGUUCCCGCUGCCCCCCCCCCCCCUGCUAACCUCACGUGUACUACAUGGUGCUGUAGUAUAUACAUGCAUAGUCCCUAGCUUUAAGACUGUACUCCUAGACUUUUUGAAUAUGAUUUGUAGCUGCGCUAGUUUCAUUUGCAGCUGUCACGUCCAGCCGGUCAAGGCUUAUUUCUUUCUCUGCAUGCUGGCUUGCAUCUUUCUGUGCUGGCUUCUUGUUUCUUCUCAGCGUUUGCCUUGCUGAGCGUAGCGGCCUUAGGAGCUGAAUACUGAAAAAGAAGAAGAAAUCGUUCUCAUUUCUCACCGUGAUAAUUGGUAGCCCGAGACAUCACAUUCUGUCAAAGAUAAUGUUUGUCUUUGGAGUGUCCCAGGGAGUUGUACAUGACACUGUAUAGACCCGGGAGAGGACAUGGCACUGAUUCCCGUGGACAGGCCUUCCUCACCUGUACAACUCCCCGGAGUGACCACAACUCACAAGGCUUUAUUCAGUGUAAGGCCACCCUUUCUUUUUUCGUUGUUUAACGUCCACGCCCGCGUACCUUUUUGCCUCCGACCGGAAAAAAAAACAAGAAAGUAGUAGUACCAAUAAUAUGCGAAGUUGUAAAUACAUGAUUGUGUAGUUUCACAGUGUGCCGAUCAUGACCUUAAACUUAUAAUCUUGCCUCCCGGGCAUGCCUUUGUCUUGUGUUCUUUUUUUUGUUGGCUUUUAAAUAUCGUACGGUGUGUGUCCUAGUAAAAAGCCAGACGUAAUUCAUGACAUGCUAACUCCAUGCUAUGUACUGUACCUGUUUUGUUGGAUUCAUCAGGCAUGUGCUCCAAUGUACCAUCAAAGAGUGUUGUUCUAUGCCUGCAAGUGCCGUUAGACCCAGAAAUAUUGUAUAUAUCACAUGCUUUACUGGUCAGAAUGUUUGAUUGGGGUUUCCAGUUUUUGGAAUGGGCUUUUGUUUUUUUUCCGCCCUCCCGCGUACCUUUUCGCGAAAAAAAGGACGUUAAACAAUGAAUUAACAA